CAAUCUAUUAAAGGAGAAGGAAAUGGAUCUGCAUGCCACAAUCUGUCCCUCAGCUUUGUGAAUCCUCCAUCGCCACCAAAGUCUCGAUCGGCCUGCUGCUAGCUAGCUAGCCAUGCUUUGCGCCAACUUAAAUUUCAACGUAGAUGUCAACAGAUGCUUCGGUGGGUUAUGGAAAUCCAGAAGGCGGCACAAAACCGGCAUCAAGAUUGGGCCAUUCGGAGGCGCCGGAACCCGCAAUUUUGACACUGGUGGAUCUGCCGCCCCAAUCGCAAGGGUCAAACUCCGCACAGGAACCGUCAUCUACAGUUUGCAGAUCUCCUAUAAUAUUAACCGGAGAGACGUCGAAACAGAUCUACUAGGCGGCGAGGGAGGUGACUCCCAUCACACGUUUGAACUACGGCCUGGUGAAUAUAUCAACUCGAUGACUGGGUGCGUCCGUGAAUAUAACGGUGAAACGUGUAUCACGAAGCUCGAAUUUUACACCAAUUUGAACGUCCGGCACGGGCCUUUUGGCAAAGCAGAUGGCAGGAAAUUCAAUGUUCCGGUCAUAAAUGGUCGUAUUGUUGGAUUCUUUGGCCGGUACAGUAAAUAUCUAAAUGAGAUCGGAGUCUAUUUGGCUCCUAAUUAAUUGGGCAUCGACUCAUUCAGUGAAGAUAUACAUUUUUUGAUGGAUAGGCACGCGUAAAACGUAAUAAUGUUAUAACUGCAUAAAAUUUAAUUUUGGAUAAAAAUAAAAAAUGUGUCGUGUUUUUUUUUUUUUUUAAGAAUCAUCAUAAUGAUGUCCGAUUUGAAUGAUGAUUCAUAUUUCAACUUGUAUUUGUAUCUUUAAGUGGUAUUUUAUCUGGUCUUUCUAGUAA